UUCUGUGCAUUCAGACUAUUUUUAAUAGUACUUAUACUAUAUUUUUAGUUUAAAAAAUGACUAAAGAGGAUGAAUAUUUUGCACAAGAAUGGACUGUAGAGGAUUGGAAAAAAGACUGGGAUGGUGGCAAACCUCCAUGGUGGCAGGAUAAAAUAUACUGGCCUCUGGAGAAGCAUAUCGACAAAUUAACUCAUGGCAAACCAAGCAAGAUUUUUGUACCAUGCUGUGGUAAUAUGGUAGAUAUGAAAUGGUUAUUGGAUCGGGAUCACACUGUUAUUGGAGCUGAUAUUGUCGAAGCAGCAGCCAGUUCAUUUUUUCAAAGCUAUAAUAUUGAGCAUGACGUGACUGAUGUGAAGGAUUAUGGGAAGUUAUACGAAUCCAAGGAUAGUAAAAUGAAAAUGUAUAUCGGAGAUGUUAUGAAAUUUAACAAUCAAUAUUGCGAAGGUGGUGUUGACUUCAUUUACGACGUUGGUGCAAUGCAAGCUAUCAAUCCUAGUCAAAGAGAAGCGUAUAUAGAUAUGGAAUACAACGUUUUAAAAUCUGGAGGGAUGUUGUUUGUAAAUCUGAUGGGUUCUCACGAUGUUCCUGAUGAUGCAGAAGUUGUUCCACCAGUUUUUCAAGCAGCUUACGACAAAUUGAUUACGCGAUUUAAAGUUGAAAGGAUCGAGCGAUACAAAAUGGAUAUUGAUCCCGAAUAUGGAAUCAGUUUUUGUAACUUUUACUUGUGCACUAAGAUGUAGCUGAUAAAGUUUUUAUCACCGCUUUUUUGAAAAUUUUACGAGCCAAUAUUCACGUUACAGUUACAGUAAUAAUGAUUAAUAUCUUUCUAUAAAUAAUAUAUAUUACAUGUUUUACAAGUUUCAUACUUUGCAGGGAGGUUAGCCGGUCUUUGCGAGGUUACCUGAAAUGUUGUCACUCCAUCCGUAAUCCGUGAUUUAGCAUUAAAAUAAAUAUAAUCUUUUUGAAUUGAUAUAAUAGAAGAAUAGAUCUGACAUCUAUUUUAAUUAAAUAAUUGUUCAAAAGUGUAUGUGCAAUACAAGGAAAUGUGCCAAUCACCAGACUAUUGAUCCCUGCGUUUCUUUAAUAUAACUUCGUCACGCUCUAGUCAUCACUAGAAAUGACGUUCAACGUAGGACGGUUUGUAAAUACACGUCGCCUCAUGUCAGUUGACGUAGACAACUUAUUUCGUGGAAAAAUUUUGCAUUUUUAUUUGAUAAAAAAAUAAUUCGUAAUAAUGAAUAUGCACGUGCACUCACAUUGUUGAAA